ACGCGGGAGCGCGGCGGGAUGGGCGCUCUGGGCCGGGUCCUGCUGUGGCUGCAGCUGUGCGCGCUGACCCGGGCCGCCUACAAACUCUGGGUCCCCAACACCGACUUCGAACCCGCCGCCAACUGGAGCCAGAACCGGACCCCGUGUGCGGGCGCCGCCGUGGAGUUCCCCACAAACAAGAUGGUGUCAGUCCUGGUGCGAGAGGGUCACAGCAUCUCGGACAUGCUCCUGCCGCGGGACGGGGAAUUCGUCCUGGCCUCGGGGGCCGGCUUCAGCGCCUCAGGGGCGCGCGCCCACCCAGGCGCCCCCGCGCUCUUCCUCGACCCCGACCGCUUCUCGUGGCACGACCCGCGCCUGUGGCGCUCCGGGGACGCGGCGCAAGGCCUCUUCUCCGUGGACGCCGAGCGCGUGCCCUGCCGCCACGACGACGUCGUCUUCCCGUCCGACGCCUCCUUCCGAGUGGGCCUCGGCCCGGGCGCCCUCCCCGCGCGCGUCCGCAGCGUCCGGGCUCUGGGCCAGACGUUCACGCGCGACGAGGACCUGGCUGCGUUCCUGGCGUCCCGCGCCGGCCGCCUGCGCUUCCACGGGCCGGGCGCUCUGAGCGUGGGCCCCGAGGCCUGCGCCGGCCCGACCCUCUGCCGCCGCGGUCAGGCCCUCACCGUCUCCGCGCUGACGGCCGCUUCCCUCCUCCAGGCGCAGCCCUGGAUCUGCGCGGCCCUGCUCCAGCCGCUGGGCGGUCGCUGCCCCCCGGCCGCCUGCCGUGACGCCCUCCGGCCCGAGGGGCAGUGCUGUGACCUCUGCGGAGCCAUCGUGUCGCUGACCCACGGGCCCACCUUUGACAUUGAGCGGUACCGGGCGCGGCUGCUGCAAGCCUUCCUGCCCCAGCACCAGGGGCUGCAAGUGGCCGUGUCCAAGGUGCCGCGCCCGCCCCGGCCGCGCGGGACCGCAGGCGCGGAGGCGGACACGGAGAUUCAGGUGGUGCUGGCAGAGACCGGGCCCCAGACGGGCGGGGCGGGCCGGCUGGCCCGUGCCCUCCUGGCGGAUGUCGCCGAGCACGGCGAAGCCCUUGGGGUCCUGUCGGCGACCGCCCGGGAGUCGGGCGCGCCCGUCGGGGACGGCUCGGCGGAGGGGCUGGACGCUUCAGGGUUGCGCGCGGAGCUGGCGGGCGCAGUGACGGCUGGGCUGCUCCUGUUGCUGCUGACGCUGGUGGCGGGGGCGCUGCUUCUGCGCCGCGCUCCGAGGCCCACGUGGCGUAGGCGCGACGAAGCGGCCCCCGCGCCCGUCGUGGCGCCCCUGGGCUUCUCCAACCCGGUGUUCGACGUGGCGGGCUGCGCGGGCCCCCGCCCCUUGAUUCUACGCACCCCGCAGCCUCCCGCGCCGAAGGUGGAAAACAGCAGCGCCAGCCGCAGCUACUUCAUUAACCCGCUUUUCGCGGAGGCGGAGGCCUGAGCAGCCCCGUCGCUUCUGCCUUCCGCCGCCCCCGCGAAAUGUCCGCGUUUCUGACCUUACGAGAUCCCCGCGCCCUUCUCCACACUCCUUGUUCCCUGCAGGCCAAGGAUAGGCUUUGCCCAAUAAAGAGGUUUCCUGCACCUGCCAUCAGCUGUCUCCUGUGCCCCCACCCCUUUGCCUAUGCUUGAGCGUGGAGAGCCGGCCAGCGCCCUCGUCAGUCCGUCCACUGGUGGGCGGUGGUCCUCAGAGUCCUCCCUUCUGGCCACCCGCAAAGGGCAGCUCCGGGCACUACUAUAGGAUGGGUCCACCAGAAAAUUGCUGUCUGCAGAGCUGCACCCACAACAAGGAGGGGGCUGCCCCUGGUGCAAGGGGAGGCGACCGGAGCACGGGGGGGAGGCACCUGGUGAGGCUGGCUGUCCGGGACACCCCCAACA